UGUGAUGGGUUGACAGGUGCGUGACAGUCGGAGCUCUCUGCAGGCAUGUACGGCAAAGGCAAGAGCAACAGCAGCGUCCCGUCCGACAGCCAGGCCAGGGAGAAGUUAGCACUAUAUGUAUAUGAAUAUCUGCUCCAUGUAGGAGCACAGAAAUCCGCGCAGACAUUCUUAUCGGAGAUAAGAUGGGAAAAGAACAUCACAUUGGGCGAACCCCCGGGAUUCUUACAUUCUUGGUGGUGUGUUUUUUGGGAUCUCUACUGUGCAGCUCCGGAAAGACGUGAAACGUGUGAACACUCAAGUGAAGCUAAAGCCUUUCAUGACUAUAGCGCUGCAGCAGCUCCCAGUCCAGUGCUAGGAAACAUUCCCCCAGGAGAUGGCAUGCCAGUAGGUCCUGUACCGCCGGGUUUUUUUCAGCCUUUCAUGUCUCCCCGGUACCCAGGAGGCCCCAGGCCACCUUUAAGGAUACCCAAUCAGGCACUUGCAGGUGUUCCAGGAAGUCAGCCAUUAUUGCCUAGUGGAAUGGAUCCAACACGGCAACAAGGACAUCCAAAUAUGGGUGGGCCAAUGCAAAGAAUGACUCCCCCUAGAGGAAUGGUUCCGCUAGGACCUCAGUCUGACCCUUGGUUAUCAUUGCAGAACUAUGGAGGUGCAAUGAGACCCCCACUGAAUGCUUUAGGUGGCCCUGGAAUGCCUGGAAUGAACAUGGGUCCAGGAGGUGGUAGACCUUGGCCAAACCCCACAAAUGCUAAUUCUAUACCAUACUCUUCUGCAUCACCAGGAAGUUAUGUAGGCCCACCAGGAGGCGGAGGACCACCAGGAACACCCAUUAUGCCUAGCCCAGCAGAUUCAACCAACUCUGGAGACAACAUGUACACUCUAAUGAAUGCAGUACCACCUGGACCCAACAGACCUAAUUUUCCAAUGGGACCAGGGUCUGACGGGCCAAUGGGUGGACUGGGUGGAAUGGAUUCACAUCAUAUGAAUGGAUCACUUGGCUCAGGAGACAUGGACAGUAUCUCCAAAAACUCGCCCAGUAACAUGAGCAUGAGCAAUCAGCCCGGGACCCCUCGUGAUGAUGGUGAAAUGGGUGGAAACUUCCUAAAUCCUUUUCAGAGUGAAAGUUACUCCCCCAGCAUGACAAUGAGUGUGUGAUCCAUUACCAAGUCUCUUCGUGAAGGCUGCACUGAGUUGGCCCUCUCCAGAGAGCUACUAAAGAAGAAAAAUUACUCAUCCCUGUGUACAGUUUGACAGAAAAGAUCUCAGCCACAGUUGGACCUGCCAUUUUUUUCCUAAUCAUCUUUCCAGUUUUGUGAAGAAAGUGGGUCCCGAUCUGGUUUCAGCAACUAUAAUAAGUGGCAUAUCAGAGCUGCCCAAGACUGAACUGCAAACAGUUAUCUGUGUAUGUAUAUGUAGGGAUAGAUGUAUGUAUGUGUGUGUUAAAGAGAAAUAGAUAUGCGCACAUACAUAUAUAGACCUGCAGGACGUUGUAAAAUAUUAUCACAUGACAUCUUAAGUAGAAAUAAGAGAUAGGGACUUUUAUUCCAUCUUUUUUCACGUUUACAUUUUAACUAUUAAAAGAACUGUUUCCCUCUCCCCAUCUGAACUGUUUUGUGCUGUGUAUAUCACUGCUUUUGUAAGUUAUUUUUUUAAGAUCUCAGAUAAGUUCUGUUUUUUUGUCAAUGUCUUUCAUCAUGGAUAGGAAUAAAACUGCUUAUAAGAGGGCUCUCAUAAAUUUGUGUUUGAUACUGGUAGCUAUGCGCAUUGCAAACCACACUAUUUCAAGAAAAAAAGAAGAAACGCAUUAGUUUUAUUGAACGAGUAAAACUUGUCCCUUUGCCUUCUUUAAAAAACCAAGGGCAUUGGAGGGAUUCUUAUGCUGGUCUCUUGGAAGUCUGAUACUGUGUUCCUGAACAUACCUUCAUGUCAGUAAGCUUUGUUCACAUUGACCAAAUUUACUGCCAGCUUAAAUAUGUUGAGGAUUGGACUGAAAAUCCUUCAAUAUUUGUUUUCAAGGGAAGUCUGAGUUAAAUUUCAGCUUCUUGAUCUAUGCAGAUCAAAUAUAGCAUUACUGUGUUGGACUCUGGUUUGAUUGCUCUAGCAUCCAGCAAUAAAAGUGGCAGGUUUUAUCUUUCUGUCUUUGCGGAAUAAAAACUAUUUAAUAUGA